GUCUCCAUCUUGAUACUAUUAAUAGUGCUUUUGUUGAAGACAUUGAAGAUGAACCACAAAUGAUGUUAAAAUCUUUUUUAAAUGGUGUUAAAUCUUCAAAUUUAAUUGACAUCAUACCAGCUAGAUGGUACAAAGACAGUAUUGUAGCCCAAUUAGACAUUAAUCUCAAAAGUUCACCAGUUCUAACUGCUAUAAAGCCAUGUAUUAAAACUUUGCUAUUAUCUUUUGAAACAACAUUUAUUUUUCAAAACUUACAACAGUUUCAGAAAUUAGAAUAUAAUGAAAUUAUUCACUACACUACUCCUCUAAGAAAUCAGUUUGGGAUUGCAUUUUCUAUUUCUAAAACCGCAAUUAAUAUUGCUUUAGAAACCAACAGUGAUAAGGAAUUAAUACGAAUGCUAAAGAACUUUAUUAUAAUCAAGUGGCAAGGUUGUAAAGAUUCAAGUUUUAAUGCUAACAAUUCAUAUGAUAAUACAAAUGAGAGUGUUAUAAAAAACAGUGAAUCUGAUAAAAUAGUUCCUUUACAAUAG